UUCUACUGGUUCUUCGAGAGCCGGUCGGCGCCAAAGACGGACCCACUCGUGCUGUGGAUGACCGGUGGGCCCGGCUGCAGCAGUGAGGUCGCGCUCUUCGGCGAGAAUGGUCCUUGCUCAGUGAAUGCCGCUGGCACGGGCACGAUCCGCAACAAGUACAGCUGGAACACGCGGGCCAACCUGGUGUACAUCGACCAGCCCGCGGGCACGGGCUUCUCGUACGGCAGCGGCCUCGAUCACGACGAGGCGGGCGUCGCGCGCGACAUGUACGACUUUCUGCAGCAGCUCCUCCAGGCGCACCCCGCGUUGCAGCCGCUCGACUUUUAUGUCGUGGGCGAGUCAUACGCGGGGCACUACGUGCCUGCUGUUACGCACGAGGUG